CGAAUGGCAGACAGACUGUAAAUGACAGCAACACACUGUUGUGAUGGGUGUGCUGCGAGCUGUCAUGUCUUCACAAGUGUGUGUUGAGCAGGUGGAUGUGCUGCUGGGGGUCAGAGGUCAGCCGCUGCAGGGUUGUGACCUGCAGGAGCGUGGUCAGUGGGCCAGUAAAGCUGAAUUUCUAUUGGCCGUUGCUGGACAGAUUAUCGGUUUGGGAAAUGUGUGGCGUUUUCCAUAUCUGUGUUACAAGAAUGGAGGAGGUGUGUUCUUUGUGCCGUACAUGUUAUUCCUGUUCCUGUGUGGGAUUCCUCUCUUCCUGUUGGAAACGGCUCUGGGUCAGUUCACCAGUCUCGCAGGAGUCAGUGCCUGGAAGAGAAUCUGUCCUCUGUUUGCAGGUCUGGGUUAUGCCAGUCAGGUGAUGAUCUUACACAGCUGUGUGUAUUACAUCAUAAUUCUGGCGUGGGCGCUUUUCUACCUGGGGAGCAGUUUUCAGUCACAGCUCCCCUGGUCACACUGUAAUAACACCUGGAACACAGAUACCUGUGUGGGGUUUGAGCGACACAACGUCAGUAAUAUCACUGAGAACGCCACGUCCCCCGUCAUUGAGUUUUGGGAGCGUGAAGUGCUGAAGCUCUCUGAUAUUGUAGAUGAACUGGGAUCGGUUAACUGGCAUCUGGCCGUGUGUUUGCUGCUGGUUUGGGUCAUGUGCUAUUUUUGUGUUUGGAAAGGAGUCAAGUCAACAGGCAAGGUUGUCUAUCUCACUGCCACAUUCCCAUAUGUGAUGCUGUUGAUUUUGUUGAUUCGUGGGGUGACUCUACCCGGCGCUGUGGACGGGAUCGUUUACUACCUGAAACCAGAUCACACGCGCCUGACGGACCCACAGGUCUGGAUGGAUGCCGGGACUCAGGUCUUCUUCUCCUAUGGGAUUUGUCUGGGAAGUCUGACCGCUCUGGGCAGCUACAAUAAAUUCAACAAUGACUGUUACAAGGAUUGCUUCAAACUGUGUCUGCUCAAUAGUGGCACCAGUUUCAUCGCUGGAUUCGCUAUCUUCUCGGUGCUCGGCUUCAUGGCGCAGGAGCAGCACGUCAAUAUCUCAGAGGUCGCACAGUCAGGUCCUGGUCUGGCGUUCAUCGUCUAUCCGCGAGCAGUAUCGAUGAUGCCUCUGUCGCAGCUGUGGUCCGUGUGUUUCUUCCUCAUGAUCAUAAUGUUGGGCCUCGACACACAGUUUGUGAGUCUGGAGGCUUUGAUGACAUCAGUAACGGAUCUUUACCCUUCACUCCUCCUCAGAGGUCACCGUCGCGAGCUGCUGCUGCUGAUCAUGUGUGCAGUUUGUUUUCUGCUCGGACUUUUGAUGCUCACACCAGGAGGUCUGUAUGUGUUUCAGAUAUACGAUCAUUUCUCCUGCAGUGGGGUGAGUCUACUGCUGCUGUCCAUCUGUCAGUCUGUCGCUAUAGGCUGGAUUUAUGGUCCAGAGCGCUUCAGUAACGAUAUUAAGCGUAUGAUCGGUUACCAUCCGCUCGGCUUCUUCAAACUGUGCUGGAGAUACCUGACACCAGCCGUCUGCACUGGCACGUUUAUAUUCUCGCUGGUGUGCUGGACGCCGUUGACCCUCGGGAAGGGUGUGGUGACCACUCGCUGGGCAACAGCGAUGGGUUGGCUGCUCACGCUGUCUUCUGUGUCUCUUCUGCCACUCUGGGCAAUCUACGCCCUCAUGAACACACCAGGAACCAUGGAAAAGCGUAUCCUCCUGCUGUGUCGCCCAGUGGAGAGCUCAACUGCGACCCACAAGCACCUUUCUAAUGGUUUAACAGGGAAAGCUUGUGUGGAAGUUUACUGAGCUUCAUGGACAGAAGAUAGUCACAUCUCCAAACCUCCCUUUGGUGAUGUCAAAAG